AUCCUCAUUCAUGGUUAAACAAGAACUAAAACAAAAUAAUUACAAUUUAGGGGCUGAGUUUGCUUCCUUCUUCUCACCGGCAGCCAGGGGCGGAGUUUUGUAGAGAAAAAGUGCUGCGGCCACCUCCAAAAAAAAAAAUUAUAGCCUUCUCUUUCUCCCUUUUGCCUACAAGUUACAGCCUUCCUCUCUCUCCCUCUUCCAAAAUCAAAUUCACGAAUCACAAGAACCGCGCGGCCGCCUCUGCCAGAUCGCUCCUAUGCUCCUCUGCCAGAUCACGAAUCGCUUCUCUGUUCGUGCAUCUCCAGAUCGCGUUGCUGCUUUGUUCAAAAGGUGAAGGUUUUGCUGAUUGAUUUGGUUGUGAGAAGAUGCAUCCUCCUCUAACAUUGCACAAACACCCUAUGUGCGCUGAAAUUAUUGAACAGUUUCAAAAGUGUCAUGUGGAACAUCCUAUUGCAAAGUUCUUUGGCGAAUGUACAGAUUUGAAAAUAAAAUUAGAUCGCUGCUUCAGAGAAGAAAAAGCUGUGAAGAGAAAGGCCAACUUUGAAAAGAGCAAAGAAUUGAAGGAACAAUUGCGAGUUUUAAGGAAAGAAAAUGCUGUAAACAGCAAUCAAUAGAAGAAUUUCCUGCUGUAUUGAAAACCAAAAUUGUUAUGCAAAAUGCAAUCCAUAGUUUUAUAGAAUAGCAUGAUAUGAUGUUUUGCCACUUUGAAACAGGGAAAUAUUCAAUAUUGAUAUUGUUUGAAGUAUGUCUGAUCUCUGAUGAUAUUGUGCUAUAUGUUCUCCAUUUUGCCACUUCCUUGCUGGUUUGAUGAAUCAGUAUGUAACUAUAUUAUUUUACACUGAAAAACUUGUCAUAUAAUACGAUGAUUAUUAUGUAUGUGUGGUGAAUCAAA